GAAGAGAGUUACAAUUUACAUGUAGAGACAUCGGGUUAUGAAGGGGAAAAUGAUUUCAAAUUAACUUCAACACAGUGCAGAAAUCGACAAGCUCAUUUGGCUGCACUGGCUUUAAGUCAAGAAUCAAUUGGACAAGUUAGACUCUCCAUCCUAUGUGCUGCUGCUGAAUGGUAUCAACAAUUAGUGCAAAGUGAUGGACUUCCAGCUACCUGGCGUGAGUUUAUAAAACUAUUUCAAGCUCGGUUUCAAUCAUCCGAACGAAUAGAAGCUCUGAAAAUCGAAAGAAAUCGUUGCAUACAGCAGUCAGAUGAAUCCGUAGCAGAUUUCUAUCAGAGGUAUAAGGGACUAGCAUUAGAAAUUGAUCCUAAAAUCUCAGAAAAACCUCUCAAAAGGCACCUCCUUCCGAAGCUACGUCCGGAUAUCCUUCAAUUAAUGGGCGGAGUUGAUGCUGAUAAAUUAACGUUGCCAGAUCUGAUGAGAACAGCAGCUAAAGUUGAAUUACACAUGCUUCAACGAAAGAAAGGAGCUCAACAGAGAACUGACGAAUUAGCAGAAUUCUCCAAGGCAAUGAAGUCUUCGAAAAAUAGGAACAACAAGAAAUCUAUUCAUAUACAACAAAAAGAUGUUCAACUAAUCCUGAAUCCGUAG